AUGCCACUCAAGAGUUCAACGCCUCUUGUAGAUUUGGAUCCGACGGCGAUUAAAUUCCAACAGACCGGCAUCAUAUUAUACCGCAUAUCACCUCCUAUUAGCCCGUGUGGCUGGGACUAGAUUAGAAUACCAUGGUCAAUGUAGGUGGGCGGUCUCGGGGGUGCACGCCAUGCCGAAAGAGGCAUCUGAAAUGCGAUGAAGCCCAUCCCACUUGUAUGCGGUGUCUGAAAAGCGGACUCCAAUGUGAUGGCCAGAAACCUAUCACAUUCGUCGUCGGUACCAUAGUCAAGUCUCGCCGGAGCACGAAAUCGAAUUCAAGAUGCCCCCCUGAUACAAACCUCUGUGUUAGUCGGAUCCCUCGAACGGCCUUACUUAGUAGUAGCGAAUUUGAGAUUUAUAUUUGCUAUGCUCUGAAAAACCUUCGUCGUGGCGGAUGUAUUGAACUAUCCACAAGAAGCAUUCAGCCAACCGACCUCAUCACUCCACCAGUUCCAGCCGCCAGGCACCGUAUCCAGAUCUCCCACCAAGCUAUCUUUAGCUUUGCGGCUAUUUUCUUCGGGAUGCAGCACCGCCAGGCUCGCAUCACCCAGACCGGGUUCGACUUAUAUGGCAUGGUGCUCCGACGGCUCAACGAAACACUGUCAGAUCCAGCUCAUAAUACCAACGAUGAUUUGAUCUACGCAGUAGUGACCCUCAGUAUCAUGGAGAUGUUCGUAUCUACAGGGGCAGGGAAUCAUUUAAAGCAUAUGGACGGGCUUGAGCAUCUGCUUGCCUUGCGAGAUCACAACUUACCGAUUUCCCUUGAAACGUCGGAGCUGUAUCGGAGUUUACGGCAGAUGAUUCUUUUCGCGGCACUAAGAUCGAGACGAACAUCUAUACUGGCUAGUUCGGAAUGGAAGAGACAGUUGAGAGAGCAUGUUGACUCGACAGAUGAGUUGAUGAGGCAGGAGGUCUUUGACAUCUUGGCGGAGUGCACUGUUGUGAUUGCACUACGUGAUCAUGCAUUGGAGGACUCUCAAAUAUCUUUUGAGAAAAGUCAAUUCCGACUCAAGUUGCUCAAGGUAAAUGCACUGUCCUUACUGGACCAGCUUCACUCCUGGAAGAAACGAUGGGAUGAUGACAAGGAACACAGAGCAACCGAAAUUCCAUUGACUUGCAAUAACCUCGGUCCAUCAGAAACCAGUCGUUCAGAUGGUGCAUUACUCUUUACGAGAACUUUGGAAUACCCAAACGACUUCGUCGCAAUUACAGUAUUGCUAUACAACAUAGCCCUCAUUCACGUACUCCAUAUCCUCGCCUUACUCACAUCACCUCCGCCCAAAUGCCUUCCUGCCGAAAAUCCAUCUACAUCGCGACUACAAACACCAAGCAUCAAGAAAGAAAAUGUCCUCAACGACCCACCUCAUUUCCCAAAAAUUUGGUCCCAACCCCCGGACACCCAAACUCCCAUAAUCAACCAGAGUUCACACACGAUAAAUCCCUACCUCCUGGCCCAAGACACUCCAAUCCAAGAUAUCUGUCGCAGCAUCCCAUACCACCUUGUCAACUCGCACAGAGCAUCCUCUUCGACGCUUCACUGGGCCAUGGCUACAAUUUGGAUCAGGCUUCGCGGCGAGGAAUCGGUUCUCGGACGGUGGGUAGUGAGAGUGGUGCGCGAGCGGAAUCCGUUUCUCAUCAAGACGAUGAAGACUUUAGCGCAGUAGAACGCAGUGGGUCAAAUACCCUUAUUCUUGGAAAGAGUGGAGUUUUGUGUUUUGGUUUGAUGCAUUGGUUAACUGUGGCGUACGGGGAAUGUGAUCAGUAGUUCGACUCAACAUAUUGAAGGAUGAAGGGAGGGAUCAGGACCAUCGAGGGCGAUGGUGACGACAGGCGCGUACUGAAGCAAUAUGAUCGGCGGGCUUGAUUUUCAUUACUCUCGUGUCUAUUUGGGAUUGAGGUCUGACGGAGUUCGGUCACAGAGAAGGUAGAGAAAUACAACGAUGCGUACGUAUCGGUUUUGCAGCUACACGGUUCUGCCGACUGAUUCCUAAAAAAAAAUCCCUCCAAGGAGUGAAGCUUUUACAGCUAUCAGAUAUCUGCAAGCAUUCCAUAUCAAAAUUUCCCCAAGCUGGAAGGAUUUAGAAGCAAGUCCUAUAAGUUUAGAAUAGAAAGCGAAGCUAGCAUAUUCGCUUGAAGGCUGCUUCCAAAAUUUGUAGGCGUCAAUCUCUAGAUCCGAUGAAUGGCAUAUCUAUCGAGACUGCCUCUAGCUUUGCCCCUGGAUUACCCACAGACGAGCUUACGAGAGAGGUGUGGAGUGCUGCAAGCCAUUAAGAUGUCAGAUUUUAGAGCCCUUGCU